AGAGAGAGAGAGAGAGAGAGACACACACACACAAACACACACAUAGAGCCAACAAUGCAGAAGAACAAAGCACAUGAUACGUACGGUAGUAGCAGCUCAUGUUGUGAGUUGUAACUUCUGAAAGUGACCACACGAAGACAAUAUCAUCAAUUAAUAUUAAGCAACUAACCAACUACCCACGCUAGCUAGGGCUGCUGGCGCUGUACCUUGGAGGCCAACCCAACACAGAGCCAGAGUCUUUAUGUUUGGCAGUUGGUAGUUGUGCGUUAUUUUAACUAGAGAGAGAGAGAGAGAGAGAGAGAGAGAGGGCUUGCUUUUGGAUUAUAAUCUUAAAAGGUGUUGAAAGGAUCUGCCAUGGUCCAAUUCAGUACUCGUUCUGGUGAGUAGUGCAUGUACAGGUAGGGAUCGAAUGAGUUACAGCAAAUUAAGAGCUGUCUGGAAGAAGAGAAAAGGAAAAGAGUCAAUGGAUCAAGCCCACCACCAAACAUCAUCUCUUGAUCAUCAUGACACAAAGAGGAAGAAGACGAAGGAUCAUGUACUGGACCGUACUGAAAAAUCGAAGCGGUUCACUCUGGUGUCGUUCCGGGAGUUGCCGGAUUACAUGAAGGACAAUGAAUUCAUUCUCCAUUACUAUAGAGCCAACUGGCCUCUCAAGGAAGCCCUCUUCAGCAUAUUUCGUUGGCAUAACGAAACACUCAACGUUUGGACGCAUUUAAUUGGGUUUGUUUUGUUUUUGGGAUUGACUGUGGCAAAUUUGAUGGAAGUGCCUCAGGUUGCGGAUCUUCUUGGCUUCUUCACCAGGUCUAUAAAUAGUACUGCAGAAACAAAUAUUUCUCAUGAUUAUUUCAAAGAUUUGACUGAUAGUUCAAAACACAGAGAUUUGAAGCAAGCAACAUCUCCGGGAAUGGAUAUUACCAGGCGUACUCAUGAUGAGUUAGGCACACGGUGGCCAUUCUUUGUCUUCUUGAGUGGCUCUAUGUUUUGCCUUCUCUCGAGCAGCAUCUGCCAUCUCUUUUCCUGCCAUUCUCACCACGUAAAUCUCUUACUAUUACGAGUAGACUAUGUUGGAAUCACCAUCAUGAUAAUCACCUCCUUUUUCCCUCCAAUCUACUACAUAUUUCAAUGUGACCCUCACUGGCAAUUUGUCUACCUCGGGGGCAUAACGGCAAUGGGCAUGUUCACCAUUGCCACGCUGCUUUCACCAACACUUUCUAGCGGCAAAUGCCGUGCUUUUCGAGCCUUGUUGUUCUCAUCCAUGGGGUUGUUUGGAAUCAUCCCUGCAAUCCAUGCAGUUGUUGUGAACUGGAGAAAUCCCCAACGCAAUGCCACCCUUGCAUACGAGUCAGCCAUGGCCGUAUCCUAUUUGACCGGGGCCUUGUUUUACGUUAGCCGAAUCCCAGAGAGGUGGAAGCCGGGGUGGUUCGAUUUGGCAGGGCAUAGCCAUCAAAUAUUUCAUGUUUUGGUGGUCAUGGGUGCAUUAGCACACUACGGUGCCUCGCUUCUAAUACUGGAUUCGCAAGACACUAUCACUUGUGGAUAAAGAUUAAUAAUAUAUAUGUAGCAUCUCAUGAUGUUUUGCAUGUGUUGUUAUAUAUAUGUAGUAGUAUCAUGCCUAAUUGAUUCAUAUAUAUAGAAACAUAGGGACAUUAUUGUUGUGCACGUUGAAGUACUGAAUUAGGUGCUGCAUGUUGUACGUAUAAGAUCAGACUACAUCAUCCAAGAAAAAGGAAAACACAGAUCAAAAGGCUAUAUAGAGUUCACAUGCACAAGGAUCAGCUGAUUCAGACUCAUGCCAUUUUCGAUCUUUGAUUAUUAUUGCAACUAGCUUGUGUGUGUGUGUGUGUGUGUGUGUAUCAUCCAAUUGUAAGUGAGCUUGUUCAUUAUACAUAUAAUGAAGUUAUGGUGUGACUAAAUCUCUUGUU